UUUUAUUUUAUUUUCUUGAAAAUUUCGUGGGUUUUCUUCACUCCCACUGCUAAAGAUUCGAUUUUUAUUUUAUUUUCUUGAAAAUUCGUGGGCUUUUCUUCACUCCCACUGCUAAAGAUUCGAUUUUUAUUUUGUUUUCUUGAAAUUUUGAAAUGUCUUGGAUUCAAUCAGCUUUCGGUAGUAAAAUCAGCCCAGUCAUCCUUUUCGUACUAGUAGUAUCAGCAAUUCUCUUCUUCAUCGCCGCUCUUCUCCAUUUACUCAUAAGAUUCCUCCUCAAACAGAGAUCUGCACACUUUCACAACUACCCAGAAACAAGAAUUCCCACCUCCGGUUCUUUCCAGAGACAAUUACAGCAGCUUUUCCACUUACACGACUCCGGUUUAGACCAAUCCCACAUCGAUUCCCUCCCGGUUUUUCUGUACGAGGAUAUUAUUACCGGUUUAAAGGAGCCCUUCGAUUGUGCCGUUUGUCUGUGUGAAUUCUCGAAGCAGGACAAGUUAAGGUUGCUUCCUUCUUGCAGCCAUGCCUUCCACAUUGACUGUAUAGACACAUGGUUGCUGUCUAACUCGACUUGCCCACUCUGCAGAGGGGUGAUUUUGUCCACCGUGUUUUCUUUCGAGAACCCGAUUUUCCGGUUCGGAGAUUCUUCGAAAGAAGCCGAAGAUUCGGGUUCAAGGGAAGAGAAUGGUGAUGGUAUUAUUAGCAGUGCUGUGAUUAAUGAGAAGAGGGUUUUUUCUGUGAGGCUUGGGAAAUUCAGGGGUGUAAAUGUAAAUAAUGAUCAAGAAAGUGAGGUUGGAGAGAGUAGCAAUAGUAAGUUGAGUGGUGCUAGGAGAUGCUAUUCAAUGGGUUCUUGCCAGUAUGUUGUUGAUAAUGAUUCUGAACUGCAAGUUGCAUUGUGCCCUAGUAGUAGAAGAGAAGGUGGUGGUGUUGAGUGUAGUAGUGGUGGUGUGAGGGCUGCUGUGAAAGGGGGGUGGGGGCAGAAAGGUAAUUUCACAGGCUGUGAAGAAUAUGGUGAUGGGAAGAAAAUUAACAGUGGGGGUAAAGGUGAAAGCUUUUCUGUUUCCAAGAUUUGGAUGUGGUCCAAGAAAGGUGGUAAAUUCACUAGUUCAGCAGCUAUCACACAUUAUUCUAAUGCUGUUAAUGCAAGCUUACCUUGAAAAUUUCUUUGAGUUUAUACGGAGUUUUACCAUGUAAUGUCUCUCUCUCUCUCUCUCUCUCUCUCUCUCUCUCUCUCUCUGUGUGUGUGUGUGUGUGUGUGUGUGGUUAUGCUUUUGUUUUGACUUUUGUGUUUUGGUUUCUCUUUAUGCAACUUUUCUAUCUUGAAAUUCAAAUUUGAUUCCCACUAAAACUUUGGGGUUGUAUUUA